GUAGGGAAGACAGACACUCAGCUGGAGAACAGAAAAGCUGUGGGGGAGAAAAGCAGCACCCCUCUCCUCCCUAUCAAAACAGAGGGGGGAGAUUAGCCAUGGACUAUACUCUGGAGGCCACCCAUCAUAAAGAAAAACUUCUGAAGACUGUUUAUGCCCUCCAGGUGAAAUCAGACACUACACUCCAGAAGGCAAGCCCACUUCUGAGCAACCACCAUGGGAUGGGCAUGGUGACAGAGCACCAAGUCCACCAGCUGGCAGAGAAAGUCAAAGGCAUCUGUCAUGACUUAGACAACAUCAAAAAUCUCCUCUACUAUCGACAGAAUAACCUGGUGCAGCAGAUCCCCAACCCCAAUGGCAGCAGUUACGGGGGACCAAGUGGAAUCCAUUGCUCACUGGAUGGCUCUAUCUACAUAACUAGUGAAAAUGCACCCUGUGUCCACAUCCUUAGUUGCUCAGGCCAAACUCAGCAGCUCCUGCCAUGCAUAGAGUGGGGAAGGGAAAGUGAGGCCUUUUUGCCAGAAGAUGUGACAGUGACAAGGUCAGGGAUGGUGGCUGUAGCUGACAUGUUGAACAGAGCCAUCUGUGUCUUCAGCCAUCACUCCAGGUUCCCCAAAGGAGAAUGGAUAAAAAUUGGGAAGGUCAAUUCCCCCAGGGGCAUUGGAGUGGACUCAUCAGGAAAAAUUCUGGUUACAGACUACACUCAAGGAAAAGUCCACAGCUUUGCACUGGACCAUGCCUUUAAGAUACUGAGUACUCACACGGUCUCUAACCUUUGUGGACCCCGUUAUGUCAGCCUGGGACCUGAUGGUGGAUUUCUUGUAAGUGAGGAAUGCGGUGAUGUCAAGCUGUUUAAUAACCAGCACAAGUUGGUUUACUCUCUUGGCAGCAAAUAUGGGCAUCAGUUUGGCAACCCUUCUGGGGUCUGUGCUGACAUAGAAGGUAACAUCCUUGUGGCUGAUGAGCAGCACCGAACAGUCCACCUGUUCCCCAAGAGUGGUUCUCCCAUCUGCCUGGUGUCUGAAGGGCUACGGAAACCAACAGGUCUGACUUGUUCCACUUCUGGACAGCUUUUAGUAGCAGAUACUGGGGACAAUUGCAUCAAAGUCUUUAAAUACCGUGUGAGACCUGCCUACAGUUCUGAUGCUCCUUGGGUGUCCUGUGACAGUCCCAACUUAACCCCCAGACAGAGGACAGGAUCGAUGCCACUGUAACCCCAACUAAUUCAUUUUUUUGUCAGUUAUUGUUAUGGUCCAGUCACCCUCAUUGCAAUACCCCAUGUUUUUGGCUUUCAGUGACUCCUGUUGGUAGAGGCAAGAAAUAGAACAUAUGAUUUCUACCUGAGUUACCUCGACUGCGUCGAUGGCUUUAUGAUAGCUUACAGAAUCUUCCCUAUAAUUCUCUUUGCUGUUGCUUUCCUGCUGAACAAUAAAGGUUGUGCCUUUCCAGA